AUGUCUGCACCGCAAGACUCCGCCGAGGACGCUCAGGCCCUCAUCCAGCGCAAAAAAGGCACCAAACACUACAAAGAAUUCAAAGUCCACAAAUGCAUCGUCUACCCAGCAAUCCCCAUCCUCGAGCGGAUCGAGAUCCGGAAUCGCAACUUCACCAUCGUGAACCUUGCGGAGCCGGCGAGUGUGGUUGAUGAGAUGUUGAGGCAUGUGUAUAUGCUGCCGAUUGAGGGUGUGCCGAGGGAGAUGGAUGGGGAGGAGGAGUUGAAGGGGAAGGCGGCUUUGGAGAAUGUGGAGUUGGCGGUUGAGUUGCGGAAGGCGGCUGUGGAGACCCAAUUCGACAUCCCCUCCCUCCUACCCCUGACGGAGCUCAUCAUCGGUAACUCCCUCGACCGCAUCACCCUCCGGACCUUCGAGCCUGAGCCAGUCCGUGCCUCGUCCCGAAUCCGCGAAGCAGAGAAAAAGCUCCCAGAAGAAGCACGAAACCGCCGUCGCGAAGAGCGCGAAGCCGCGCAGACGCAGGCCGCCAAAGACAAACCACUCGUCGACUUCGUGAAGAUCGUGCUUACCCUCGAAGCUCGGAAGGAGAACGAAGCGUAUCACCCCUUCCGUCUCGCAGCUCUAUUCUUACUAGCGACCAAAAUGCCCAAGGUCCUGAAUUGCGGCGCUGCGAUGAAGGCGUUGCAAGAUGGUAAUUACGAGUUUUACAAGAUUGCGACGAAGAUGGCGUUUGACUGGCUCAAGCUGGCGAAGAGGGGGGAGAGUGAGGAGGACCGAGAGGUUGCUGCGGAGAAGUUGUUUGAAUUGUGCGCUAAGUUUGUUGGGGUUGAGUGGAAGGCGGAGUUUUUGGAGGAGUGGAGGGUGUUUUGGCCGGCGGGGUGGGGGGAGGAGAGGAAUUUGUGGAGGAGGGCUAUUUUGGAGGGGGAGCUCUACGAGACCGGACAUCACUCCGACCUGACGGUUCGCACCUCUACUCGAGACUUCCACGUCCACAAGUACGUUGUAUGCGAGGAGUGUCCGUUUUUCGCUGGUGCUAUCCGCGGCCAAUGGAAGACCGGCGUCAUCGUCGUUGAGGAACCAGAGGCUGUCAUGGAUAUGCUGUUUCGAUACAUGUACAAGGUCGACAUCGAUAUCGUCCCCAGAGAAGGUGACUCGCGGCAGCAAUUGUCCGACAAGGCGAAGUGUGAGAACUUCUACCUGGCAUUGGAUGUUGAGACCACCGCGAACAAGGUUUGGGCUGAGUUGCACAGCGAUCCCAGGCUGCAGAAGCUCGUUGUCCAGUACGCGCAUAUCAGAGAACGCCGAGUCCGAGUUACCGGCACAAGCAUGUUGAGCGACGCAGAUAUUGCGCUUUUGCGUACUUUCUUCAAAGAAGCAGGUCUUUCAUUACCGACUACUACGCGGGCUCAGCGCGAGACACGACGCCGAACGACGGCAUUCCUCAUCCGUGGGCGAAAGGGCGGCGAUAAGGGCAAACCGGCGAGUGCGAUCGCAUUGCGCGUCGUUCGAGACUUCCGUGUCUCAACGCUUGGCAUGCAGCGUUUGCAUGUGCAAACCGUUAGCCAGCUUUCGGCUGCACCCCUCACAACACUCUCUUCCUUGCACAACCGAGCCUCAGAUCCCAUCACCACCAUUUCCGCUUCGGAUGGGGGCAAGGUGCCCGUUUCGAGCAACACGCCAGUCACAACAUCCGCAGCCAGAGGCCUCAAAGACAUCUUGCAGAAAAACUACGAGUCCGGCAAGUAUUCGGACCUGACAGUGCGCACUUCCGAGCGGGACUUCCAUGUCCACAAGCUCAUCGUUUGCGAGCUGUGCCCAUUUUUCGAGGCAGCGAACCGCAAUGGCUGGCAGGAGGCAAGCUCUAGCCUAGUCGAAGUUACAGAAUCCGCCAGCACCAUGGAUAUCGUCUUUCGUCACUUGUAUGCGGCGCCGCUUCCUUUUCUUCCCACGAAGCAGGACGACAUGGGCGAUCUACGCGAGAUGGCAUCGGUUGAAAACUUCUUCCUGGCCCUUGAUGUCUUGGAGGCAGCAGACAAGGUCAGGAACAGAAAAGCUGCUCUUCGGGAGACUUUGCUGACACCAGGACAGUACUUGCUCCCUGAACUAGCCUAUGCAGCAGAUCUGGCGGUGGUCAACUUCAUCCGCUUCAGCAAUAUCGAAGGACUUGUGGAGAUCGCUCCAAUCCUGCUAGGGAAGAGCCAAGUGCAAACAGCCAACCUUUUUGCCAUAACUAUCGUGAAGCUCUCCGACUCUUUCGAAGAACUGGUGAAGGAAGAGAAGGCCUGGUACGCACUGCAUGCUCACGUCGAGCUCCAGAAGAUGGUAGUUGAUUACCACGUGGGAAAUUACAGCGAAGAAAGCGUCGCGAAGUUCUUCGAGGCCAGAACCGGUCGGCCUUGGAAGGACUUCAAGCCGCCACCACAGCGCUCAGCGUGGUACAUGCGCAAAUGGGGUGCCAUCUUACGGUCCAAUUGA